ACAGUUAUCGGUGUUACGGAUGUCGAACUUCAAGCGUCGAAAUUACACAACAUACCCGUGUCUACGGGGGGACAGCAACAUGUGAAAACUGUGACAACCUUCGAAUUCACCUGGCGCGCGAAAUCACUAUACAGCGUACUUUUCUGUUGCGCAAUGUCGGAACAGUAUCUGACGGUGCUGGAAUAUGCCUGACAAAAUUAAACUCUGUAAUCCACAAGAUGGAGGUGACAGCGCAAUCGAUGUCGAUGCAUGCAACACUCCAUCUUUCACUUUUCAGAGACAAGGAUCCACCAAUUCACUGUACUAUUAUGCAUCCUCACGAUCCCAGCCCAAGUGCCAGCAAUCGGUGGACCCUUCAGAGGGAGCAACAACAUUUGCAACUACGCAGUCCCAGCGUAUCCCAACGUGGCUCUGGAUACUGGUGGCACACUGUUUACUCAUACCAGUCCCCGGCGAAUCUAGAUUAAAAUACCUGCCUUCGCUGGGCAUGGUCCUUCAAGCUGCUACCAUCCUCUCUGCGUUCAGCUUCUGCCUUAGCAAUAUGUGGUACGAGGUGAAAGCCAUAAUUGUCAACCAUGAUAGGCAGGACGCCAUCCACCGCUGUGUUAGCAUUUUUGUCAUCUUCGCGUGGUGCUCUUUUGGCCUGUAUGGAAGGCGUCUGGCACGUCGACUGUUCAGCCACACUGCUUUCCUCAGGGAUAUUCGCAUGCACUCAAAGACUGUGUUCAAGAUCAAUGCUGCAGUGCUAGCAAUCUUGGCCGGCUUGGUGUUCGUGGUGGCCAGCUGCUAUAACGGUCGUAACAUCUUGGACCCUAAAGUGUGCGCUGCGUUUAGUACUCCAUGGGGGCUGUGCGUCGCUAGGUUCGUGUCCCGUAUCAUCUUUUCGACCUUCACACUGAUAUGGAACGGACUUGUCUGCGUCGUCGUCGUCUCCGUGUGUAGGACGCACACCAUAGGAAUACGACGUUUUAUACGGGAGCUGGAACGAGAUGCAAUCCUUUACGAAAUGCAGAAUUCCCACCUGUACCGCGGCUCUCCUGUGACGUCUGAGGACAUAUGUCAAGAAAGCAUUUGGAUCGACGAUGGAGCGUCUGACUACGAAGACGUAUACAGAUAUAGCGCUCAGAAUAACGUUGAGCACAGAGAAACGCACACUAGUGCUGGAAUCGAAGAAUCGGGGAGCUCCACUGCAGAUAGCAGUAGUUCGAACCGCCUUGAUUGCACGCAGUCUGUUGAAGAGCCAAAGGGGGAUGACACACAGGCUGUUUCACCCGUAAGAAGUAGUUCACCUACUGUUGCAAAGCAUCAUCACGUUCUGACUGUCCCCGAAAUAUUGCAGAGAUACUGGAAGAUAUCUUGUCGACUGCGAUUGACCGGGAUCGCGUUGCAACGUUGGGUGGCCAGUCUUGUUGGCCUGGUCGUGGUGUGGUGUUCGGCAACACUCAUAUCCUGGUUGAAAACGUCCGCAACUGUCUACGAGAUCAUAGAAUUUGUUUCUCCUCUGGUUAUUCUUCUACUGGUCUGCUCCUGUUUGGCUGAAGUGAACAUGGAAGGUGUUCGCGUGUUGAGGUGCUUGAGGCCAACUAAAGAUAGACUUCCCAUGUUGAAUUACCUUAACAAGUCUCCGCUACAACUUGUGACGUUUGGUUUCUCCAUGAGCUAUGGGACAAUCAUGACAGUCGUACUCGCCAUCAUGGUUGCUUUCAUCUCCCGACUGAUUGUCGUAGCUAUUCGUGGACUCUGAGAUGCAGGAUGUUGCCUCAAACAAUGAACAUGUAUUCGUAGAGUGAAGUUCCUUCAUGGUGGCACUACCUAUGCAUCUAGGUUCUCGGCACAUUUUCUGCAGCCGGGUCGUUACACCAUUCCAGGCACCAGGCCUUCCCUAUGGGUCUGUUCCCGUAUUCUAGUCCCUGUGAACCACGUGCCGCAGCGUACAGGCGUAAGUGUACAGCGCAAGUGCAUGUUCAGGAGGUAAACUUGAACUAACUGUCAACGUAUAACAUUCCAUUGGCAGUGCAUGUUUCCCUUUUCCACCAUCACCUCAAUGAAAUUAUGUUAGAGUGCACUCAUUUAUUUGUUAAGCUGUCAUCCUUUGAACAUUUGCCUUGCUUGUUUGUUAAAGUUAUUGUUGACCUUUUAUUGUUGUCUUUUCUUUCCAAAAGGGUCUUGCAUAUCUAAUACCUAUAAUCUGAUACAAGACCCUGUGAGAUAUUUUACACCAUUAAAAGUUCCUUAGAUCAGUCAUUGAUUGUGCAAUGAAUGUUAAGCCUAAUUUUAUCUUGUUUGUUAUGUCUGAAAUGCUAUCUGCAUGUUAGACCUUGCUUGUUUAUUCUGUUGUAUUUAUAUUGACCAUAUAGAUUAUAUCCCUGUAGUAAGCAGAUUUAUCCCUAUAGUAAGUGGGUACAGGUCCACCUAGAACCCUUUGUGAAAGCAUGAUGGCCAUAGACAAUGGUGUACAAAGCACAGGUGCUUAGUACGCUCUUCAAAAGCGACCCACUCAUAUGGAACACUGUUUUCUUUUAAGAAUGAAGCAUUUUACUAGUUAUAAGUUUUAAUAAGAAUAAAGGAGGUAUUGUAUCAAUUAAGGGCUUCAUAAAUUGCAUUUCAUGCCAUUAUUUUUCAACGCAUUUUGGGUGUCUGUACGAAAAAAAAGUAAUAAUAAGAGUUUUCUUUAAAACACCA